CAAUUUCUAAAACCUAAAAGCAACACAAAAGGGGGGGAUUAAAGAUAGUCUGUGUGGGUUUGUUGGAGACUUGAGAGAGAUUUCAACCUGAAGAAUGGAGGGAAAGCAAGCUGGAUCUUCUCUAGAUUCGUUGAUUUCUUCCUUCAACAAACGAGUCUCCGAGUUGCAGGAACUCGUCAUCGCCCGGAACAUGUAUCCGGCGAGCAGUGUUCCGGAUUUAACGGCGAUCGACACGGCGUUGAGCUCGAUGGAGCUUCAGGUGCAGUCCAUCAAGGAUCGGCUUCGUGAAGAGACCGAAGCUAUUCCAAAAGCCAAGAAACUUAUUGAGGCAUCGCUGAAACAACAAGAGAAGCUGCAGAGGAUGUCCGUUUAUGCGCCGUCACACUUUCCUGAUAAGACUACAAUGUUGAAUUCUGAUAUAAACAGAUGUUUGCUCCAAGAAAAUGUCAAGAAGCAUGAACAGAGUUCUGCUCUUAGGUCUUUGAAAUCUGAGGAGGAUGCACCUGUUCUACCCAAGGAGAAGAAAGGUCGUGGGUCUCCUCCGCUUUGGCACAUAACUGUUGAUGAGCUCGAUUCCCUCUCGUCAUACAUGAGAGGUAGGCUCACCCUAGAGAAAGUGAAUGCGGCUAUCAAUGACAUGGUUUCAUACGCUGAAGCAAAUGCUCAUCUUAUUUCAGCUCCAAAACAAAAGCUUGCUGAAAACCUCUGGGAGAAAGCACUGAAACUGCGAGACAUUGUAACAUCCGGUGCACUGAAGGGAAAACACUUCUUUCUUGAAACUGACAUGAAGGGGCCAAUGUUGAAGCUAGACAACACAGGCAAAGCAAUACUUACAGUUCUUAGACACCUUGGUCGUGUUAGUGAGACUCGCAUUGGUCAAAACCGCGUCAUCAUUCUUAUGAAGCCUAAUUAGAGAAGAAACCAACUUUUCUCAAGUUUAUGUAGCCACAUCAAUUUAUUGCUUAUCUGAAGCCUCCUUUAGACGGUAUGCUUAUUCGUUAAACGCAUUAA